GAGCUUGAAGACACCUUUGAAGGGCGUAGUUAAUGAUGUUCGAGGAAGAGCAAAGUGUUACAAGGAUGAUUGGAUUUCUGGUCUACGUUCAGGAAUCGGGAUAUUGGCUCCAACUGCCUUUAUCUUCUUUGCUUCUGCUCUUCCCGUUAUAGCCUUUGGAGAACAGCUUGAUAGAGACACAGAUGGAAGCUUGACUUCAGUAGAAGCACUGGCUUCAACUGCUAUAUGUGGAAUCAUACACUCAAUUCUGGGAGGUCAGCCAUUGUUAAUACUGGGAGUUGCAGAACCCACUAUCAUCAUGUACACUUACUUAUACAAGUUUGCUAAAGAUAGAGAUGAUUUGGGGCCACAACUCUUCUUGGCUUGGGCUGCAUGGGUUUGCGUUUGGACAGCUCUGAUGUUGAUUCUGCUAGCAAUAUUCAAUGCGGGAGCCAUUGUUAAUAGAUUCACCAGAAUUGCCGGCGAACUUUUUGGCAUGUUGAUCACAGUCUUGUUCAUUCAAGAGGCCAUCAAGGGAAUGGUGAGCGAGUUUAAGAUUCCUAAACACGAAGACCAAAGCUUAGAGAAGUACAAAUUUCCUUGGCUUUAUGCAAAUGGAAUAUUGGGAAUCAUAUUCACCUUCGGCCUUCUCUUUUCUUCUCUCAAGACCAGAAAAGCUAGAUCAUGGUUGUACGGCACAGGAAAGUUAAGAAGUUUCUUGGCAGACUAUGGGGUUCCUUUAAUGGUGGUAGUGUGGACAGCUUUGUCUUUCACAGUACCAAGCAAACUUCCCUCUGGAGUCCCUAGAAGGCUCUUUGCCCCUCUUGCUUGGGAAUCUUCUUCUUUACACCAUUGGACAGUAAUCAAAGACAUGGGGAAGGUUCCACCUGCAUAUAUUUUUGGUGCUAUUAUCCCUGCAUUGAUGAUUGCGGGUCUUUACUUCUUCGAUCAUAGCGUUGCUUCUCAAAUGGCACAACAGAAGGAAUUCAAUCUCAAGAAGCCUUCUGCUUAUCAUUAUGACGUGUUGCUUCUAGGAUUCAUGACUUUGCUUUGUGGGUUGCUUGGUUUGCCACCUUCCAAUGGAGUUCUUCCUCAAUCGCCCAUGCACACCAAAAGCCUUGCUGUUCUCAAGAAACAGUUGAUUCGAAGGAAGAUGAUGCAAAGUGUGAAAGAAAGCAUGAGGCACAAAGCAAGCAGUUCUGAGAUCUAUGGAAACAUGCAACAAGUGUUUGUAGAAAUAGACAAAAGCCCAAUUAAUACAGUGGUGAAAGAAUUAGAGGACCUGAAAGAUGCUGUGCUAAAAGAAGAAGAGAAAGAAACAUUUGACCCUGCCAAACACAUUGACAAACAUCUGCCCAUAAGAGUGAACGAGCAAAGGGUGAGCAAUCUGGUGCAAGCAUUGCUUGUAGGAGGAUCUGUGUUUGCCAUGCCUGUGAUCAAGAAGAUACCCACUUCAGUUCUGUGGGGUUAUUUUGCUUACAUGGCCAUUGAUAGUCUUCCGGGAAAUCAGUUCUGGGAAAGAAUAAUAUUUAUCUUCAUAUCUCCCAAUAGACGAUACAGGGUGUUUGAAGGGGACCAUGCUUCGUUUGUAGAGACAGUACCAAUGAGAGCAAUAGUGUUCUUCACACUGUUCCAAUUUGUAUAUUUGUUGGUUGUCUUUGGAGUGACAUGGAUUCCCAUGGCAGGAAUCUUGUUUCCUUUGCCUUUCUUUGUGUUGAUCAUAAUAAGGCAGUAUCUGCUACCCAAGCUGUUCAGCCCUAAGCAUUUAAAGGAACUUGAUGCUGCUGAAUAUGAAGAAAUCGCUGCUACCCCAAGACUCUCCUUCCGUCUCUCUUCUUCCCAGGAUGCGGAUUCAGCAAGUAGGGGAUCAAGGGAAAUAGGUGAUGGUGAGAUAUUAGACGAGGCCACAACUGGUAGAGGAGAGUUGAAGGUCGUCAAAACAUUUAGCUUCAGAUCAGAGGAUCAGAUACAUGCAUAUCCACAGGCGUUGCAAGUGUGCCCUGAUGAAAUCCAGAGCGAAUAGGAUUCCUAGAUUAAUGCAAAGAUCUUUGGGGGAAAAAUA